AAGAAAAACGGAAAAAUAUAACAACAUAUUACGAGGUUAAAGACGUUUAUUUUGACUGAAAUCUUUGUUUUUCAAGUGUUUAACAGUUUAGAAGUUGUUUUCUAUUUUCCUAUCAUGGAAAUUUUGAAAGCAGAAAUAGCAAGAAAGCGCAAAGAACUUGAAGAAAAAAAUCUUUUGCAAAAUAACCGAAAAUACUUUAAAAGAGGUGAUUUGCUGGCUACGGAGCUGAGAACAACCAAUGACACAAACUCUAGCAACAAAACAGACAGCCAAGGUAGCACUGCAACUCAUGAGAAUCUGAUUCAAGAUAAUGCACAAAUACUUCCGAGAGCAGAGGUUGUUAGGAAGUUGAGGGAAAGAGGAGAACCAAUUUUAUUAUUUGCUGAAACUGAAACUGAUGCCUUCAAGAGACUGAGAAAAUCUGAAAUACUCGCGCCAGAAAUAAACAAGGGUUUAAGAAAUGAUUUCCAAGAGGCUAUGGAUCAGGUUGAUCAAGCUUAUCUUGACGAAAUUCUGGAAUCCUCAAAACCAGGAGAACAGCGCAAAAAAGGUGAUGUUCCCGUCCCAGAUGCGGAAAUAACGUAUGAGGACAUUCAAAAGAUGGCGGAAAAACUUGACAAGAAUGACCGAGAAACCGAUAUGAAGAUCAUUACGCAGUUUUUGCAAUUUCUACUCAAGUUAUGGGGUGAUCAGCUCAAUAGCAGGCGAGGUGCAGAAAAGAUGAGUACCAAAGGUAAAAUGGAUGGUGCCAUUUAUGCACAGACAGGAGAGUAUCUCAAACCUCUGCUCAGAAAGUUGAAGAACAAAUCACUUCCUGAAGACAUUACGGACAGCUUGACAGAAAUCGUCAAACAGUUGCUCGACAGAAAUUACAUUUUAGCUAGUGACGCUUAUCUUCAAAUGGCAAUCGGCAACUCGCCAUGGCCAAUUGGUGUCACUAUGGUUGGUAUUCACGCGCGUACCGGACGAGAAAAGAUUUUCUCGAAAAACGUGGCCCACGUGAUGAACGACGAGACUCAGCGCAAGUACAUUCAGGCUCUCAAACGACUUAUGACCAAGUGUCAGGAGUAUUACCCGACCGAUCCGUCGCGCUGUGUCGAAUAUUCCAAAUUUUCAUAAACUCGACAUCACAACAUGUAAAAGUAAUUGUACAUUUUUUUUUUUUUUUUUUCACAACAAUUUAGUAAGUUGAUGUAUAAGUUAUACUAUUUAUUAGGUAUCGUUGAAAUCGUAUUGACGUCUCGUUAAAAAAUAAAGAUUGUAUUUUUAUCAAAUUCAUCCAUGGUAUUUUUCAACAGGUCGUCUUCUUCCGGUAAACGAAAAAGAUUUCGUAUUCGAAAAAAAACCACGGAGCGACUUAUUUUUAUCCUCGCUUCCAUCGUCGAUGUGACAUAAUUAGUGUCUAUUAUUGACGAAGCUCGGCAAUCGCUUAUUUCUCCAUCACUUAAG